GGCGGUACAAACUCCAUCAUCGACAUCCAAAAUCCCAGCAACCUGGGCCAAGAAUCCACCGACACAGGCGUCGUGCCGAACCUGAAGUGGCGCUUCUCCGACUCCAAGACGGCACUCUUCAAUGGCGGCUGGGCGCGCGAGCAGGUCAUCACCGAUCUACCCGCCAGCGUGGACAUUUCCAGCGCACAGCAGCAUUUGAAAAAGGGCGCUUACCGAGAGUUGCAUUGGCAUAGGGUGUCCGAAUGGGCCUUUGUGUACGCCGGUCGAGUGGCCAUCUCGGCGGUCAACGAAUUCGGACAAAACCAAUACGAGAUCCUCGAGGUCGGCGACAUCUGGUUCUUCCCAAAGGGUGUGGCGCAUGGCGUACAAGGGCUGGAUGACGAGAACGAGUUCCUCCUGGCCUUCGACGACGGCGACUUCGAAGCCACGGGCGUCACAUUCAACGUUGACGACUGGAUCGCCCACACUCCGAAACACAUCCUGGCCAAGAACUUUGGCGUGGACGUCUCAGUCUUCCAAAACACGCCCAAAACGAACCCGAAGAUUCUGCAGGGCAUCGCUCCUCCCGACUCCACGAAAGCGGAUCACCCGUUUGGAGACCUGACUGAAACGAAGCUCACCUAUGUCAUUCGCUCCAAGGAUGUGCCUCCAACGAUCGUCCCCGGCGGAGGCGGCAGUAUCCAAAUCUUCGACUCACGCAACUUUCCCAUCGCAACGACAAUUGCGUCGUCGGUGGUGCGGAUCAAGCCUGGCGGAUUGAGGGAGCUGCACUGGCAUCCAAAUGCCGACGAAUGGGUCUUCUUCGCACAAGGCCAAGCCCGGGCCACCGUCUUCCUAGGCGGCUCUACCGCCCGCACCUUCGACUUCACCGCGGGCGACACAGCUGUCUUCCCGUCCAACUCUGGACACUACGUUGAGAACACCUCCCCGACCGAGGAACUGAUCUGGAUUGAACUUUACAAGGCGGACCGCGUAGCAGACAUUUCGCUCACACAGUGGCUGGCAUUGACGCCCAAGGAGGUCGUGGCGCAGGCGUUGAAUGUCAGCACGGAGUUCGUGGAAACGCUGAAGCAGGAGAAGCAAGUCAUCGUUGCGUGA